GCCCUGUAUUCUUUGCUCCACUGACUUUGUCCCCAGUAAAACUUUUUUAUAUACGUGGGCUUGUUUCUCACAACUGGGGGCUCGUCCGGGAGGACAGAAGCCUCGCCGCCGUGGAGCCAGAGGGCCCUGAAUGGAAGGCGCGCCCCGCUGAGUUCAGGGGUCUCUUCGGUUCCCUCCGGCGCCAUCGGAGGUCGACGGUGACGAUCCCGGCGGGGGACUCGUGGGCCAAAGAGGGGGUAGGGCUCCCUGGAGACCGCGGCAGACGUUACACCUUGUGCACAAGACCCGGGCAACGAAAAGGGGACUUCUCAGCAGGAUGAACUGAAAUUCCACAUGGGACCAGAAAAUGAAACUGCGGUUACUGAGUUCAUCCUAGAGGGUUUCUCGGGGCUUGAUCGACGACUACAGCUAUUUCUCUCUCUGGUCCUUCUGCUCAUCUACCUGACAACAGUGAUGGGGAACGCAACCAUCAUUUUCCUCGUGUGUGUGGAUCACCGCCUGCAAACCCCCAUGGACUUUUUCAUCAGCAAUCUGUCCCUCCUGGAAAUCUGGUUUACAUCCUCCACAAGCAUCAAAUUGUUUCUGAUCCUGGGUUCUGGUAGGAGAACCAUCUCUCUAAGCGGCUGCUUUGCCCAAUCCUAUUUCUAUUUUGCCCUGGGCUGUACAGAAUUUGUUCUACUUGUUGUUACGUCCUUUGACCGCUAUGUUGCUAUCUGCCAGCCUUUGCGUUAUGCUGCCAUCAUGAAGCCUCAGCCCUGCAUCCAGCUGGUUGUUGCUGCUUGGGUCAUAGGCAUCACGCUCCUGAGUUACCGUCUGGUCUUCAUCUACCAGCUGAAUUUCUGUGGCUCAAAUAAGAUCUACCAUUUUUUUUGUGACAGUUCUCCCUUAUUCAGACUGUCCUGUUCUGACACCAGCCUGCUUUGGAAAAUAGACUCUGGUUUAGUAUCAUUUGUCAUACUGACUUCCUUAUGCUUAACUCUGGCAUUUUACACAGGCAUUCUCCUCUGUAUUCUACACCUUCCAGCAACAUUGGGGAGGAAAAAAGCUUUUACUACGUGUUCUUCCCAUCUCACCUCCUUGGCUAUUGCAUAUGGGAGCAGCAUUGCUCUCUACAUGCAUCAUUCAGAAGAUGCUUCCUUGGAGACAAACAGAAUUGUAGCUUUGCUGAACACUGUCCUGUACCCAUUCUUAAACCCCUUCAUCUACAGUCUGAGAAACAAGGCUGUGAUAGCGGCCCUGAGUGAAGCCAUUGGCCGGGCAACACUGCAGAUUUUCCCCUAAUCAUGAUGCAUUUCUGGACAGCAAUUCCAAUGAUCUGCUAUCAUAUGUUAAGUAAUACCAGUGCAGAUGUAUGCCACCUCCAAAGACAGAUGCCUCAGGAGAUUUCUGUUCUUCUUGGGUUGUGUGAGGUUAAGUGAUAAGAAGCUUGUCUGCACAUACCAAGGAAACACUAACCAUGGCAGGAGGAGUAACUCAGUGAAUACCCUGCCCCAGCUGCUCUCAGGCCCAUCACAGCACAGCCAGCAGCUCAUCAGGAACCCAUCUCCACAAACCAAGAAGAGCACAGAGGCACAGUGGCAGGUGGGAAACCAACUUACAAGCUCCUGAGCAAUUAACAUC